UGCCCCAUCAUCACAGAGUAGCAUCUAGAAAUAAGAAUCCUACGUGGCGGGGCGGCAAAGAGGCCAAGAUCAGUAUGAGAAGGAAAGCUCAGACUGCCGGAAGAAAAUCUUCUUCUCAGCGAAUGUUGCGGUGGUCAUGCUGACAUCUCCAGGUUACGUUCAUCUAAGAUCCUCUACACUAAAUUUUCCCAUGAACACUUCACCUUUCCAAAUUUACAUCAUCAAAUUCUCGACUUCCGAGCCCAUUUCCUUCCGUGACCAUAGAUUCAAGAAACCAGCUUUGUCUUUCUUUCCAUUGGAAACUAGAGUUCCUUCUUUUCGCCCGAGGAGUUUCAAGUUGAGAGCAAGCAGGGAGAGUUUGUCUCUCUUUGGAGGGAGCGGGUUUAGGAAUGGGGUUUUGUUGAAUGAGAAGGGGCGUAAGGGGAAGGGAAAUAAGAGAGUGGUUUUGGUGAAGAGUAGUCAGGGUUUUGGCUACAAAGAUGGUGACGAAACUGAGAGCGGAGCUUCUGCUAAAAUUUUUGGGAAUCUUGCUCUAGCCAUUGGAUUAGCAUAUCUGUCAAUGACUGGACAGCUUGGCUGGAUUUUAGAUGCCAUUGUCUCCAUUUGGAUCUUUGCUGUGUUAGUACCAAUAGUAGGCCUUGGUGCUUUCCUCUGGUGGGCUGGCCGAGAUAUAAUGCAAGGCAGUUGCCCCAAUUGCGGAAAUGCAUUUCAAGUUUUCAAAUCUCCAAAUGAUGAUUUGCAGCUGUGCCCCUUUUGUGGUCUGCCUUUUUCUGUUGUGGGCAACGAGUUUGUAAAGGAAUCAGUAAAAUUUUCCAACCAACCUGCAACAUUUGGAGAGGCAUUUGGUAACUUCUCCAGUUCAAAAGAUGAAAAGGAUUCUAUCAGAGCAAUUGAUGUUGAAGCAGAAAUAAAAGAUGUAGAUUGAAUCCUCAAAGCUAUGCUAUGGCAAGUUGGGUGAAUAAACAAAAGGACACAUGCUGAUCUGCAAGUUGGAUUGUUACUGUAUCUUGCAACUUCUUCUGUGCUAAUGGAACACAUUUUUCGAAACAGUAUGGUGACUGGAGUAACAUUGCAAUUGUGAUAUUAUAUUUUGACUGUGAUGUUUCUCACGUCACACCUUGUACUAAAAUUGUUACAGUGAUUCUUUGUAGUCCUAUACAUUUGAAUUCUUGUCAAUUUAUUCGUCAAAUAGAAAGUUGGACUAGAUAUUGGAUA